AAUGUCAGGUGAAAUGCCGGAAAUUGUUUUUGAUGACGGUCGAAGUUUGUUGUAAAGGCCAUUUGUUGUUUGUUCUGAGAAACAGGUUCGUCAUCUUACGCGUUAAAGCCUCCGUUUAAUGCUUAGAUUUGGGAUAACAAGAAAAUACAUUGAUGUCGUUUAACUGGGCGUAACCAGACUGUUUUGUUUGGCCUGGACCGAGGCUUUGCUAACAUUAAGCUAGCAUUAGCUGAAUACCUGCUAGCAAGCUUUACUUUUUAUUAGCUGUUUCGACAGAUAUUACAGUUACUCGCUUUUUUACAAGGACUUUAUUAACCACCACAAACAAUGGCGGUUGUCAACGAAGGUGCCCUGAAGAAAAUGUUGAAGCAAUACAAGUACAGGGAUCUGACAGUUCGUGAAAUCACCAACGUCAUCUCUCAGUACAAAGACUUGAAGCCAGUUAUGGAUGGUUACGUGUUCAACGAUGGCUCUACAAGAGACCUGAUGAGUUUAACAGGGACAGUACCUGUAAGCUAUAGAGGCAAUGUCUACAACAUCCCAGUAUGUCUAUGGUUGCUGGACACCUACCCCUUCAACCCUCCCAUAUGCUUUGUUAAACCAACCAGUACCAUGAUGAUCAAAACUGGGAAACACAUUGAUGCCAAUGGAAAGAUCUACCUGCCCUAUCUACAUGAGUGGAAGCAUCCUCAGUCAGACCUGUAUGGACUCAUUCAGGUGAUGAUUGUGGUUUUUGGAGAGGAGCCUCCUGUCUUUUCUCGACCAACCACACAAGCGCCUUAUCAGGCUUUCCAAGCUGCUGGACCUCCUAACCCAUCUUAUGUACCUGGCAUGCCUGCGGUUUCACCCUAUGGUCCAAAUCCUAAUGCAGGAAGCUAUCCCGGGUACCAGUACCCUGGGGGGAACUCUUACCCAACUACUGCUGGUCCUGCACACUACCCCACACAAACUCCUGUGUCCACAGUGGGUUCCAACAGAGAUGGCACCAUCGGUGAGGACACCAUCCGUGCAUCGCUAAUCUCAGCUGUUAGUGACAAGCUUCGCUGGAGGAUGAAGGAGGAAAUGGACAGGGCUCAGGCGGAGUUGGAUGCCCUCAAGCGGACAGAAGAAGACCUCAAGAAGGGCCAUCAGAAACUGGAGGAGAUGAUAUCAAGAUUAGACCAGGAAGUGUCUGAAGUUGACAGGAACAUUGAGUUGCUGAAGCGUAAAGACGAGGAGCUGAGUGACGCCCUGGAGAAAAUGGAGAACCAGUCGGAGAACAAUGACAUUGAUGACAUCAUCGUGCCGACAGCCCCUCUAUACAAACAGAUUUUGAACCUGUACGCUGAGGAAAAUGCAAUCGAGGACACCAUUUUCUACUUGGGAGAGGCCCUCCGUAGAGGGGUCAUAGACCUGGAGGUCUUUCUCAAGCACGUACGCCUUCUGUCCAGAAAGCAGUUCCAGCUCCGUGCCCUCAUGCAGAAAGCCCGCAAGACUGCUGGCCUCAGUGACCUCUACUGAGCAACACUAGCAGGAAACACUCACGUCUUCACACUCUCUGGUUCUCCUUUCUCCUCUGUUGUAUCCCAUCUUUAAUGGGCCACUGAGCUGUUUAGAUGUUGUAGAUUGAAGAUGAAGAUUUGUAGUGGUGACCUGGCAACGGCCACACACUUGAUAAGACCAAAUACUUGAGAGAUUGUCCACAAACUUGGAGUUGUGACCCUCACAUGACACCAUCGUGUGUACCGUGGCUUGCACAACUGAUCCCUUCUUACAAAUAUUGAUAAGGGAGUGUGUGUGCAAGUUGAGCAACCUGGUUUGUGUUGCACCCCAGGGAAGCUCCCAGGCUCUGAUGAGAAUAUAUUAGCGGGUGUUUGGAGAGUAAGCACAAAAUAUUGGGGGCUAGGAGUUAAGAGACAGCCCUCAUCAUCAUGAAAAGGUUAAGCUCUGAUAUAAAUACCCAAGGCAACCUUUAGAACGUACCUUGAUUUAGUGCUGCAUGCAGCCUGGGCCACGUUCAGAAGGCUUUAUGUUGUGGAUAUGCUUUAAAAGAUGAACGUGUUGUUUUCACCUCUCCUCCCAUGUCCAAUUAGUGUGAAGUUCUUUCAUUGUACAUGUCAGCUGCUCAGGUUAGCCCUCCGAUUUGACUGUUUGGCUGCAUUAACCAAUCAUGUACAGUAGCUGUUCUAUCCUGUACACUGUUUCUCUUGACAGUUUUAGCACACUCAGUAUUUUUCUUUUUGCUCUCCACUCUUAUUUGUUGGAAUCAGUCAGAGAAAAUCUUUCUUUUUUUAAAUAAGGCACGAGUGUUAUUGGGUACAAAAAACUAUUAUACUAAUCAAAAGUUAAGUUGUGACAAACACCUCAUUUAACUUAGCCUUUUACUAAAUGCACUUUGAAAUGUAUGAUAGAAUAUCUGCUGUUAUUUUUGUGUUUCCAGUUCAGCCAUAGACCAUCUUUUGUAUCUGUAGAUUUAUGUAAAUCAGUUCAAAUUAAAUAAAUCUGAUUUGAUCGCUAAUCUCUAACAUGUUAUUGUGCUUAGGGUCAUUGUGGUUAUAUUGCGGAAGAAAAGAAUACAUAAAACGUUACAGGUGUAGUUUAGUUAACAAGUAUUUUGUGAAGUUUUUACAGAUCGUGACAAUUGAUAUUAAAUGAAAUAAUCAAUUGACUGUCGGCAAUCAUUUAAGAAGUUUGACCAAAAAAAAUGACCAUUUACAAUAUGUAGAAGUGCAUCCAUUUUUUGGAGCCCCUAAACUAAACAAGUGUCGUAUUUGUCAGUAUAACAUUCUGCUCUCAUUCUUUCAUCAAAACAAAUUUAAAAGACUUUUUGAAGUAAUGAAAUAUGAAGCUGAGUGUACAAGUUCACUUUCAGAGCUGCAUUACAACUAAGAGCACAUUCUCCAUUAUCAUUUUUAUUGAUUGAGAUACUGGCAGGGCCUUGAACGUCAUUUUUUGCUCACUCAUACUUGUAAGGAGGAAGGGGUUUUAUUUUUUUUAUUACCUCCGCCAAGGAGGAUGUUUUUUCCCCGGCGUUUAUCUCUUUGUUUGUGUUCAAAAUAACAUGAAAGGUUUUGAAUGGAUUUGGAUAAAAUUGGGGUAUGGAAGAACUGAGUAAAUUUUGGGGGUGAUCCGGAUCACCGUCUGGAUUAAGGAAUAUUUUAACGAUUCUUUAACAUCACAAGAGAGGACCAUUUUCAGCAUUUGUUCAUAUAACUCCACAAAAAAUGGUCACAGCACUUAAGGGAAAAAAUAGAUGCAGGACAAGUUCCCAACUGGUUCUACAGAAUAUCAAAGACUGAUCCAGAUAAUGGAAUAAUACUGGAUACUAUAAUCCAGAAUACGAAAAAAUAGGGGACCUUGUGAAUUUUCAUCAUAGGAAGACAGCAAAGGAAGCUAUAAACAUGCAACUAACACAAUUUUAUAUCAGCAAGACCGGAAUCAGCUCCAUAGCUUUUUCCGGUCUUCAGCUCCAUAGCUUUUGGCCAUGGAGCUACACCCAGAAGAAAAUCGCCAUUUCGGAAAAUGUGAUGUUUGUGAAUUAACUACUAAAGUAUUAUUGAUAUCAUUAUGAAGCCACAGAAAAUGUGAUGUUUGUGAAUUAACUACUAAAUUAUUAUUGAUAUCAUUAUGAAGCCAAUUACUAAAGGUAUGUUUUCAUGGUCACGCAAUCUAAAUAUGUAGAUAAAAUAAAUGUAGGACUAAUAUUUGUGGUGUAAAUCACAAUAUGGGGAGAACUAUGCACUCUCCCAAAUUUUUAAAUGUAAUUUUUAUUUUAUUACUCAACAGUCUUUACAGUACAAUGCUGUCAAUUUAAUAAAAUCAUGAGCACCAGUGUCA